UUUUUUUUUUUACCCACUCAGUAAAAAGGCAAGAUUGUGAUCAGAAACAGCAGAUACUUUCAUUACGCUGGACCUGCCAACACAGCUGUAAGCAUGUCCAACUCCAUGGUAGUCAUGCAGCCAAAGCCUGUUAUGAUCUCUAGUCAUUCUGAUCAGUGGGGAUCAGAAAUCUGUGACUGCUGUGAUGACAUGUCUGAAUGCUGCUUUGCUUUCUGGUGUUUCUCGUGUUACACGUGCAUAAAUGCCAAGAAAUACGGUGAGUGCUUAUGUCUCCCCCUGCUGGACUUCUGCGGGUGCGUCCCACCCAUAACCAUGUCCAUGAGGGUGUCAAUGCGCCAGCGUUAUGGCAUUAAGGGUGAUAUGUGUAAUGACUGCCUGAUGGCCACGUUCUGCAGAGGAUGCGUUUGGUGUCAGAUGUCACGAGAGAUGAAGACAAGAGAUCUACAAAUCACUCUUAUUGGUGCCAGGAAUUUAUAAGUGGAGUUCCUAAAUAACUGCCGG